AUGCAUUGUCGGUUGUGGGGUGCCGGAGGAGUUGGGCAAACUACUUUGGCGAAGAAUCUGAACAACGAGCUCUUAAAGAAUGUGCCAAGUGCCAAUCUGUCUUUUGGUGUUGCGGUAUGGGUUACAGUGCCCAAACUGCCAAUAGACAUAAGAAAGAUUCAACCACAAAUUGCCAGUAGAUUAGAUCUACAGGUAGAUAACGAAGCAAGUGGAGAAAGCGUUGCCAGAAAAAUCUAUCAAAGGCUCAAGAAAGAAACGAGUUUUCUUCUCAUACUAGAUGAUGUUUGGGAAGCUAUAAAUUUGGAUUAUGUAGGUGUGCCCCAACCUGAAUAUCCAGCCAUAAGCAAGGUAAUUUUAACUUCUUGUUUUUCGGCUGUUUGUAAGCAAAUGAAAACAGACACAGAAAUGAACAUAUUCACACUGAAAGAGGAUGAAUCUUGGCAACUGUUUGUCAAAAAUGCGGGAGAUGUUGCCAAUCUGGAGUAUAUUCAACCAUUGCCAAAGAAAAUUGCAAAAGAGUGUGGUGGUUUUCCUUUAGCCAUCACUGUUAUUGGAACAUCUAUGAGAGGGAAGACAAGGGUUGAGCUCUGGGAAGAUGCUUUGAAAUCACUUAGAAUGUCUGAACCUCAUAAACAAAGAUGUCUAGAAAAAAAGGGGAUCCUUGGUGAACAUGACACAUAUGAACAAGCCUACAAUAGGGGAAUCACUCUGAUUGAGAGUCUAAAAGAUGCCUGCUUGCUGGAAGUCGAUAAAAUGGAUUUUGUGAUGGGGAAGGUUGUGGAUUGUGUGAAGAUGCAUGAUGUGGUUCGUGAUGUUGCUAGAUGGAUAGCUAGUACCUUUGGGGAUGAACACACUUCUGUUUUUCAAGCUGGAAUUGAGUUGAAUGAGAUAUCACAUAUUAAAAUAUCAGCUUCUGUCACGAAAAUAUCUUUAGUAAGCAACAAAAUCGAAUGUCGGCCUGAUUGCUUCACGAAAUGUCCAAAGACAACAUCUUUACUUUUGCAAGACAAUCAACCCCUUAAGAAAAUACCUCAGGAAUUCUUUUGGGCAUGUCCAGCUCUAAGAGUUCUGAAUCUGAGUCUAACUAGUAUUAUAAAACUGCCUUCUUCCAUCAACAGUUUAUGUCAACUGCGUGCUCUAAUACUACAAAGUUGCUUUGAGUUGAAAGAGUUACCACCUUUUGCUAAUCUUCACAAUUUGCAAAUGCUCGAUUGUGAUCAUACAAUGUUACAUUUUCUGCCGCAAGGAAUGGACAAUUUGAUAAAUUUGAGGCUAUUAAGUAUGCAUGGUUAUGAUUUGAAGAGCAUCAACAAUGGAUUUUUCCUCAAAUUGCCUAGCAUUGAAAUGUUAUGUCUUACCGCUGUCUUGGAGCGACCUUUUUUGAUGAGAUUUCAUCUCUGUAGAAUCUUACUUACCUUUCUGUUAAAGUGGAUAGCUCAUCACUUUUCAAUAGAGAUUACACCUGGAUGA